CUUCAGCUAGCUCUUCUUACUUUCACUUUUCUAGACAGUUCUGAAUCCGCUCCUUGCAAAUACUCUGACAGUACUCUUUUUCUGUAUGUGCCGGUUAGUUACAGAGCUAAGGCCAAUUCAGAAAUGAAUUGUUGCUGUAUAGCAGAUAAGAACAGCCUCCUGCUCUGAGCCUACAAAGCAAGACCAGCAAGAUCCAGAAACAAAGUGUCCUGAGACUGUCAUCUAUGUGGGGAAAAUAACAGCCGGCGAGAAACACAGAAAAAGGAAAUCUAAAGAGGAGCUCCAGAGAGAGAGAAUGAAGCUCACUCGAGCCGCCUGCGCCUUGCUCAACUCAGGAGGGGGCGUGAUAGAUCCACAUACCACCCCUGGAGGUAGGCUAGCUCAUGGGCACGCGCCCAUCCACAACCCAGCCAGCCCCCGUAGUCUCAAAUCCGCGCCCGCCAGCCCCGCGGCUGCCUCGCCCUCCCUCUCCCCGGGAAAGGAGGCGGAGCCCGGGCGGCGGCCAGGGGAGGAUCGUGGAGAAGCCCGAGAUGGCCGGCGCCGCCGACUCUGCCCGCAGCAGCAGCCACCGCCGCCUGGCCGAGGUGCAGCGCCGCGUCGCCCGGGUCCACCGCAGAGCAGACCCGGAGGAACAACUCCGCUUCUACGAAGGCUGGGCUCCGGAGUACGAAGAGGAUGUUGCGGUCUUGCAGUAUCAAGCCCCACAGCUGGCAGCCGCCUGUCUGGCCUCCAUUUUCCAGGGCCCCCUCCAAGAGGCUCUAGUGCUGGACGUGGCCUGUGGCACAGGGCUCGUAGCCCAGGAGCUUCAGGUAAAGGGCUUUCGCCACCUGCAUGGCCUGGAUGGCAGCCAGGCGAUGCUGGAACAUGCGCGUUGCAAAGGGCUGUACCAGGAUCUGAAGCGGUGCCUGCUGGGCCAGGAGGCCUUACCAGCUGCUGAAGGCUGCUACGAUGCCGUUCUGAUUGUGGGUGCUCUCAGCGAAGGACAGGUGCCCACCAGCGUUGUUCCCGAGUUGCUCCGUGUCACCAAAGCAGGAGGCUACGUGUGCCUGACCACCCGGAGCAACCUGAGCAACUUGGAGUACAAAGCCAAAUUGCACCAGGUGCUAGACCAACUGGAAGAACAAGGACUGUGGCGAAAAGUCACGGAGCAAGACGUUGAGAAAUGGGAAAGGGCGACCUCAGAGCAGGAGUCUGCACAGGGUUUGGACUAUAUCUCUGGGGUGGUAUACCUUUAUCAAAAGAACCCAGUCCCUGUUCUGUGAGAAAAUAGGUCAUUCCUCUGUCGGCUGGGAGAUGUUGCUGUCCAACAUGUGAAGCAUUAAUAAACCAGGCUGGGCCUUCACAU